GGUUCGAAUCUGGGCACGGAGGCUUGAAGCUGCUGAAGCUUUGGUACUGCAGUUACGGGCAGAGGGUAUCUGUGCCGAACCAUCAACUACAGUGCAAGAGGCUGUGAGUGACGCGGAUAUCAUUAACAUCUGUACCGGAUCUGCGACCUCAAUCCUGAAGGGGGAAUGGGUCAAGCGAGGAGCCCACGUCAAUAGUAUUGGUGCUCUUCAUCCCGGCUGCCAAGAAAUGGAUGAAGCCUUAGUCAAAAGUUCAACCGUUUAUACUGACAGCCGUGAACAAGCACUUGCUAGAGCUGGAGAUAUCAUUAAAACUGGAGUGACAAUCGCAGCAGAGAUAGGAGAAGUGCUCCUCGGGGAACAUUCACCACCGAAAAAUUGUACGACCAUCUUUAAGUCUCUUGGAUUAGGCGUUCAAGAUAGUGUUUGUGCCCGACUGGUUUAUGAUCGCCUAUUGGCAGAGAGGGAGUGAUGUUCCAAGUUAAAGAUUUGAACCUCUGUUGUGUAGGGUAAUGCUACUAGAUGAUGAAUAGGUGUAGGGUAUAGUAAAGUUUUGAGUAAAGUUAAUGUCAUUUUCUCUGCUGAUGGAAAUACUUUUGUUGUAGACUAUAUUGAGGUAUUAUAUUGUUACGAAACAUACUUGGCAAUUUUCAAAAAUAUAAAAUUGGUGAUAAAACCGUUAAUUGUUGAGAAUAAUGCAUGUCAACUGUAUCUGUCAGUAUACUACACUCAAAAAAAAGAGAGAAAAAAAGUGACAGGUAGUACCAUUCAAUUAAUCAAUUUUGAAAAUCAAACUUAACCCUUUGUACUGGAAUGGUGUAAUAUACAUACCAUGAUGUCCAAUGUGAAUUUAGCUCAUUAAUUGUCUUUACAUGUAAAUAGCUCCACAUAUACUUAGUCACCAAGAAGUCAAUUACCUAUAUCACCUAUUUACCCUUUCCAUUGAUAUCGGAAAGAUUUUUUAUUUGUAUCUUUAGUGCUAUUAGUAUUUUCAUAACUUUAUAAUAAUCAGAAUGCUAUAUGAUAAUAAUAAUAACAGUAUUGAUAAUAACAAUAUUAAGGAAGAAAAACAAAAAAACAAGAAGGGCAAAUCAGGUCUAUUAAGUGACUCCUUGAUAGCCGAGCACUCAUGGAGCCAUCUGUGAGACAAAAUUCCCCCCAAAAUACUACAGUAGAAUGUAUUAUGUACGCACAUACAAAGGACUAAAGUGCUUCCUAAUUUUUGCAUUGUAUCUCACAUAGCAAAGCAGUGAUCAGUUGUUGCUCUGUGCAAAAAAAUGCAUGGGUCAGUGUCAGAAAUAAUACUUGGCCUAAUGGCACUGGGGAAAAUGCUGUGCUUAUUUAAUUUUUUUGUGUAAUGUCUCUGCACAUAGAUGGCUCUGCUAGUACUUAACCUCAAAGGAGUCAUUUAAUAGACCUUGUGACCUCACCUGAUUUCACCUUUCCUUGAAUUGGCAGGAAAAAUGUAUUUUUUACCAAUGCUAUGAACAUCAAUGAUAUUAUUUAUAUUAUAGACAUUAUAAUUACUAUAAUGUUAUAAACAUUAGCAAGAUAAUAAGAUAACGUAAAAUAUUUUCGUAAAUAAAGGAAAAGGGUAAAAAGGCGAGACAGGCUGUACUUGUACUUGGUUACUGACUUAGUACAAGUGUAGCCAUCUAUGUGUAAAAACAAGUAAUAAAGUAAACUCUCAGUGGGCAUGCCAUGUACGUACAUGCUAUGCCCAUUAGCACUAAGUUAAUGUGACGUGUUACCUGAAGCUUUAGUAUUUGGUACCAGAGUGCUAUAAAAAAAAAGACCCCAAAAAGUACCAUAGAAGAUCAUAUAUGCCCUUAAAAUAAUAAAAAUAAAAAAAUAAUAAAGUACCAGUUCCUCAUUUAUGUUUAUUAAGUUCAUAAUGCCUGAAAUACAAUCUUCAUACUCCAAGCAGGAUAUACAUAUAAUACUGUAAUAAGGCAACAAUUUUUUUAGUUCUUAUACAGAAUGGCAAUACAAAAAUGCCAUGUCCUUCUGGUCCCACGAUACCAAAGGGACCACAAAAGAUUAAGAUAAAAGAUGGAGAAGGUUAAAAGACAAAAAAAAAAAAAAAAAAAAAAAAAAAAAAAAAAAAAAAAAAAAAAAAAAAAAAAAAAAAAAAAAAAAAAAAAAAUCUCGGGAUGGAAAACACACUUUGAGAAAAUAUUGAAAAUAGAAAAUUGAAACAUACUCUCAAUGUUUCAAAUUAAAAACAUUUUUUUCAGUCACUGGAAUUAAUCUUAAAAAGUGAUGGUGCAUAUGCUGGAAUAUACAAAAAUAAUGAAAGUAAUUUUAGUACUAAAAGCUAUGCACUACUAAUAAUGGACUUUUUUUCUUGUUUUUAAACAGUAUUAAUAUAACACAUUUUUUUUUCCUGGCAGUAGGUGUCUGGACACCUCUAAAAAAAGUAUUAAAAUCUCAGAAUGUGCAAUUAAUCUCAUUUGUAAAAUCCCCAUUCUUAUGAGUAAUGUUAAACUCCAUUAAACUAAUUCUAAGUAAUUCUAAAUCUUUUGUGAACAGUGGACGAGAAACCACUUUGUAAAUAUAUAUUCUGAUCACAAA